UGCACAUUUUCUUCGAAAACACAAAACACUUGUCAUAUGACCAAAAUACCCUUCUAAUCUAUCAUCAAUAACUUACAUCUCCUUUUACACAGCCACAGUACUGUGUCUGUGAAUAGUAAUUAGCACAGCAUCUCUCUCUCUGCUUCUAACCCUAGCAAUCCCAGAAUCAUCAUAUCAUCAUGGAUUAAUUACAGCUUCUUCAAAAUGGGUAGUAGCAGUACAUUGUGUCCUCCAGAAGAUGCGUGGAUUCUUGCUCACCAAAAAUUGCUUCCUCAAUGGCAAUCUCUCACCCUCUCGUCUAACCAGUCAACAAUACCAAUUUCAAUAUCUAGAGUUAAUCAAUUUGAUGCUGCAAGAUUAGACAUUGAAAUGUCAGCUAUGUUAAAAGAGCAAUUGGUCCAGGUCUUCUCUUUAAUGAAGCCAGGAAUGUUAUUUCAAUAUGAGCCAGAACUUGAUGCUUUCCUUGAGUUUCUUAUUUGGAGGUUCUCUAUUUGGGUAGAUAAGCCUACACCAGGAAAUGCUCUGAUGAAUCUGAGGUAUAGAGAUGAUCGUGCAGUAGAACCAAGAGAAAAAGUCAGAACAGGUUUGGAACAACCUGGACUUACUGUGGCUCAGAAAAUUUGGUAUUGCAUUGCCACUGUUGGUGGUCAAUAUAUCUGGGCUCACUUGCAGUCAUUCUCUGCCUUUCGUAGAUGGGGUGAUUCUGAGCAGAGGCCACUAGCACGGCGAGCAUGGAUUUUGAUACAACGAAUUGAGGGACUCUAUAAGGCUGCUUCAUUUGGCAACCUACUCUUUUUUCUUUACAUGGGAAGAUUUAGGAACCUCAUUGAAAGAGUCUUAAGAGCAAGGCUUAUCUAUGGAGGCCCUAAUAUGAACCGAGCUGUUAGCUUUGAGUACAUGAAUCGCCAAUUAGUGUGGAAUGAAUUUUCGGAGAUGUUGUUGUUGCUUCUUCCUCUUCUUAACUCAUCAUCUGUUAAAAACUUACUUAGCCCAUUUCCAAAGGACAAAUCCUCUAGUUCCACAGGAGACAAUGGUACUUGUCCUGUUUGCCAGGCGAUUCCAACUAUUCCAUUCCUGGCUCUCCCCUGUCAACACAGGUACUGCUACUACUGCCUUAGAACACAAUGUGCUGCAUCUCCAUCUUUCCGUUGUCCUAAAUGCAGUGAGCCAGUGAUAGCUAUGCAGCGGCAUGGUUUUUUAGCCAGUGAUACAAAAUCCUAAUCCUAGUCCACGAGUGAUAGAGCAGUAGGAAGAAGAUCAAUAUAAAGUGCUGUAAAAAAAAAACCAGAAAAAAAAAAAGAAAAAAGAAUGCCUGCAUUAGGCAUAUAAAUUUAAUCAAGUGAUAAACCCUUUUUUCUUUUUAGAAGAAAUUGUUAAUCCAGUUGAGUUGGGAAUCAUUCUUUGUCAUCAUUCUGCAAUUAAGAAAUUCUUUUCUCAA